CCGUUAUCUCUCCGUUGCUUAGCUUCGGCUCUGCCGAUCUGGCAGCAUAAGAGAGCCCAACGAACCAAUAACGAAGAACACGAGAAAGCGAAGAAAGAGAGGAGAGAAUAAGAAGUACUCAGGUGCCGAGAGCUUGAAUGGCCGACUGGGAAUUGCAGAGCAUCUAGCGAUUGAGAAAUUGUUAGAGCAUGGCGGAUUGGAAGAAGAAGAAGGAGGGGCAAACUCUGCUACUCGGCAGGUACGAAGUCGGCAAGCUUCUCGGCCAUGGGACCUUCGCGAAGGUCUACCACGCUAGGAACGUCAAGACAGGGGAGAGCGUGGCGAUCAAGGUUCUCGACAAGGAGAAGAUCCUCAAGGGAGGGUUGAUUGCUCACAUCAAGCGGGAGAUCUCGAUCCUGCGCCGCGUCAGGCACCCCAACAUCGUGCAGCUGUUCGAGGUCAUGGCGACCAAGGCGAAGAUCUAUUUCGUGAUGGAGUACGUCAAAGGAGGGGAGCUGUUCAACAAAGUUGCCAAGGGGAGAUUGAAGGAAGAAGUGGCGAGGAAGUAUUUCCAGCAGUUGGUCUCCGCCGUCGGGUUCUGUCACGCGAGGGGGGUUUUCCACCGGGACCUCAAGCCGGAAAAUCUGUUGUUAGACGAAAGCGGUAACCUCAAGGUCUCCGAUUUCGGCCUCAGCGCUGUUUCCGAUCAGAUCAGACAGGAUGGGUUGUUCCACACCUUCUGUGGAACACCGGCCUACGUUGCCCCAGAAGUUCUGGCUCGGAAGGGCUACGAUGCGGCCAAGGUGGAUAUCUGGUCUUGCGGAGUGAUUUUGUUUGUUUUGAUGGCUGGUUAUCUUCCCUUCCAUGAUCAGAACAUCAUGGCCAUGUACAAGAAGAUUUACAAGGGCGAGUUCCGAUGCCCUCGCUGGUUCACCCCGGAGCUUAUUCAGUUCCUCUCCCGUCUUCUCGACACAAACCCUCUGACCAGAAUGCCAAUUCCGGAAAUCAUGGAGAAUCACUGGUUCAAGAAGGGAUUCAAGCACAUUAGAUUCUACAUCGAGAACGACCAGUUCUACAACGUCGAGGAUGACGACGAUGUCGAAUCCGAGGCAUCGGUAUCGGAAACCGAGUCAGAGCCAGAGGUGCAGAGGCAGCCAAAACCCGGAUUGCCUAGACCGGCGAGCUUAAACGCAUUCGACAUCAUAUCGUUUUCGCAGGGGUUCGACCUCUCCGGUCUGUUCGAAGAGAUAGGGGAGGAAACGAGGUUUAUAUCCGGCGCGCCGGUGUCGAGUAUAAUAUCGAAAUUGGAGGAGAUUGCCAAGGUGGUUAGCUUCACAGUGAGAAAGAAGGAUUGCAGAGUAAGUCUAGAAGGGUCGAAAGAAGGAGUGAAGGGGCCAUUGACAAUAGCAGCGGAGAUAUUCGAGUUGACGCCCUCGUUGAGGGUUGUCGAGGUGAAGAAGAAGGGAGGAGACAGAGGAGAGUACGAGGAAUUCUGUAACAAAGAACUGAAGCCCGUGUUGCAGAAUCUUGUGCUUGAUGACUCUCCUAGAUUAUCAUAUCUUCCUUCAGAUACCGAAUAGAGAAAGAAACACAGAAAGGGGGAGAAAAAACAAAGCACUGUUUUUCUUCUUCCAAUUUACUUUCAGCCAUUUUUGUUUUCUUCUUUUUUCCUUUUGUUAGUUUAUAUUGGUCAUUCGGCUCGGGCCGAGCUUUCUCUUCUGUAUCAUAUGUGCUAUGGGUAUAUAUAAUUUUGUUUCUCUGGUUUCUGCUUU